AUUAAAUCGAAAAAAGAAAAUAAAUUGUCGUCCCCCGCAUUGGCACGCUUUCGACUUUGCUCCCCAAAUUCCUCUUUUUCUCUCUGUAGACUUUCCCGAAUAAAUACCAAACCAUUUUCAUCUUUUCCUUUCAAUUUACCUUCUCUCUACGCUUUUACGGGCACAUCGAGGCUUGCCUAGGUUUUUCGGCCAGACAGAGUGUGUGUAAGAGAUUAAGGACCGGAAAAUGGGCCAGCAAUCGUUGAUCUACAGCUUCGUCGCACGUGGGACUGUGAUCCUGGCCGAGUACACUGAGUUUACCGGCAACUUCACCGGAAUCGCCGCCCAGUGCCUCCAGAAACUCCCCGCCACCAACAAUAAGUUCACCUACAACUGCGAUGGCCACACCUUCAAUUACCUCGUCGAGGAUGGAUUCACAUAUUGUGUUGUGGCUGUUGAGUCUGUCGGAAGACAGCUUCCUAUUGCAUUUCUUGAGAGAAUUAAGGAUGAUUUCACCAAGAAAUAUGGUGGAGGAAAGGCAGCUACAUCUGUUGCCCACAGCCUGAAUAGAGAAUUUGGGCCCAAACUGAAGGAGCAAAUGCAGUAUUGCGUUGAUCAUCCAGAGGAGAUCAACAAGCUUGCAAAGGUAAAAGCACAGGUAUCAGAAGUCAAAGGGGUGAUGAUGGAAAACAUUGAAAAGGUUCUUGACCGGGGUGAGAAAAUUGAGCUUCUGGUGGAUAAAACUGAGAAUCUUCGGUCUCAGGCUCAAGAUUUUAGAACGCAAGGAACUAAGAUGAGGAGAAAAAUGUGGCUGCAAAAUAUGAAGAUAAAGUUGAUCGUCCUCGGCAUCAUCAUUGCCUUGAUCUUAAUCAUCGUUUUAUCAGUAUGUGGUGGAUUCAAAUGCAAUUAGAGCGUGAUUGUGUGUUUUGAGUAGGUAGUCGUGGGAUGGACUCACUCGCUAUUUUUUUAAUUCAUCCUUGUUUCUGUGAGAUGAUUGUUUGUAUAGGUUGUAUUUCUGAAUGACUCCUUAUGUUAGAGAAUGAGUUGGAUUGUGGUAGUGAACUUUGAGGUGGUGAGUUGAAUUAUGCAUCUGUACUGCGGCUGGGGGAAUGGUUUGAAUUAUUCAAGUAUUUGUUUCUAAGAUGUAGUUCUUGGUAGCCUUAUAUAAUUCAUAAGUCAAUUAUUGUGUGCUA